AUGCCAGACCUCACUGCCGCCGAGCUCAGCAUUCCGGCCGAGCAGCACCCCGAUCCCGCAAAGCCACUGGUGAUACCCGUCGACUCAACAGUGGUAGGCUCUACCCUGCGCUUCAUUCCGUGGUCUGUGGUGGGCAAUCCGGCCUUCCUCCAGCUGCCCCCUCCUCCUCCGGGGAUGCAACCGUCGUGGGUCCAGAUUCCGCAGUGGGUCGCCAUCAGUGCGCUGCUCCCCUUCAGUGAGCCCGAGCCCGCUGUGGCCACCCACUUUGACAGGCUCAGCGUCUUGCGGCUGGCCGUAUUGGCCGCGGCUUGGCGCCGCAUCCUCGGUGCCUUGUCCGACCUCGGCGUUUUCAGCACGGUGCACGUGGAUGAGGAUGCGUUCCGUACGGUGUGCAUCCAGGCUCUGCACUCCCGCCAAAUCCCGGUGCCCGAGCUCUAUCUGCAGUGGGGCGAUUUGGGGUACUCUGAGGCGAUCGUGCCCUUGGGGCCAGCGCCAUCUGCAGAAGCAAAGGCCGUCGACUUCUUGCAGUACGCGACAGUCGGGGCUCUUUGCGACCCUACGGCCGACGUCCCGUUCGCAGCCCUGUCUGACAUGACCCGCUGCUUGGGGCCCGUCUUCACGGCAGCAGCGCGCGUCGAUCCCAUGGGGAGCGCCGUCGUGGGGGCUGCAUCGCUCGCCGCCGCCGCUGGUCACAUCACUCCGCGAGCGAGCGAUGGGUAUCCCGCCCUGCUCGCUCGGCAUGUGCUCAGCAUGCUGAAGACUACCCGCUCGAGUUUCCCGGCCUGCCUGAGGACCAACUCUUUUCAGAACUACUCUGCGGAGGUUGAGACUCGCGCCGAGUAUGUGGGCGGGACCACCGUGGCGCGCGACCGAGUGGCCGAGCAGCGUUGCUCGCGCGCUAUUGCAGCCAAGGCGCCGACGCUCGACUCCCUGCUCCGUGCGCUGCCUCGGCCAACGCCCCCGUCGGUCGUUUAUGAAGCCUACCGGCAGCUCGUCUCGCUCUACUUUCCGACGGAUCGGCGCCCUAUGGACCUGCUCCUGACUGAUCUGGAUGCUCAGCUUCACGCGCGGCUACCCACCUACCAACACGCGCUGACCAACGGCAAGCCGUUCGCUUCGAUCCUGGCGGGGAAGGCGCCAGUCAUGACCUCGACCGGCGACUCCCAGGACUCGGCGUUGGGCAAGUUCGACCGCGCGCCGGCUGGCCUUCCGGACAACUCACUCCGAGAGGCCAUCCACAGCGCCCCCUUCCAGGACGCGGUCCGCAAGAUUGGCAGCAUCGACCUCUCCACCCCGACUGGCCCGCUGGAGGUUAUCACGGAGGUGUUCCUGAGCGAUUCAAUGAUCUUGCAGCGCUGCGUGAUCUUCCAGGAGGCCGCGCUUGCCACCAAGCACGAGAUCUUCGGCGUGAUCCAAGGAGGCGCUCGUUGCUCCUCCGUCUCUUUGUAUCUUCCAUACUGCAUUUAUCAGAAGACGUAUGGUUCUUGCACUUGUGCAAGAUUGGGCGUCUUCUGCCGCAGUCCCUUUGAUGGGAGGCCCCAGGGUGGGGGCCACCUCGAACCCCCGGCCAGGGAUUCGAGCGGAGGGUGCCCCGGAUUCAUCUAUCCGUUGGGCCCCGGCACCUAUUUUAGAACUGAUCACUUUGCGCAGCAACCGCCGGCCGCCGCUUUUUAG